AUGGAGUCGAGUGAACAUCCAGGAAUUGAAUGUGGUUCGUUUGCUUUUCAAGCACUCGGGAGAUGCUCGGAGGCUUGCCAUCAGCACCACGUUUCCUUCCUCCACCAAAAACGGAGCUUUGUAGAUACUACAGGAUGGCUGGAGGAUGUGUUCGUGGGGAAGCUUGCCUUUUUGCUCAUGGUGAGAGGGAGCUACUCCGCCACGGCGGAUUGGGUGAUUUUAAGGCGGAGCAGCAGUUAG